UGGGAUUCUAUUCUGUCGAUAACUUGGAGUAGAUCGUAUUUGGUUGUGGUCAUCCGCCCGUCUUAUUUCAAAGUUCCAAGGUUCUUAGCUGAGACAACUCAGAGGUCUAACGAUGGCUACUAAUAUCACCUGGCACCCAUCAUUGUCACGCCAUGAGCGCAACCAACUCCGCGGCCAGCGCGGCUUCACAAUUUGGCUUACCGGGCUCUCCGCCUCCGGAAAGAGCACUGUGGCUACUGCCUUAGAGCAGCAUCUUCUCCACCUCGGUCUUUCGGCAUAUCGACUGGACGGCGAUAAUGUCCGCUUCGGCCUCAACAAAGACCUUGGGUUCUCAGAGAAGGAUCGAAACGAGAACAUCCGUCGCAUCGCAGAGGUCGCAAAGUUGUUUGCAGACUCGUCCACCAUUGCUAUAACUUCAUUCAUUUCCCCAUAUCGUGCCGAUCGACAAAUCGCACGUGAGCUGCAUAGCCAAGCAACUGCUAAUGGCGACGAUUCCAUCCCGUUCAUUGAAGUCUUCGUGGAUGUUCCGCUCGAAGUUGCCGAACAGCGUGAUCCGAAAGGAUUGUAUAAGAAGGCCAGGGCAGGGGAAAUCAAGGACUUCACCGGAAUCUCCGCUCCCUAUGAAGAACCCAUAGAUCCCGAGAUGCGGAUUAGGACCCACGAGUCAUCGGUUGAAGAGUGUGUCGCCCAGAUCACAGAUUGGUUGUCCGCCCGAGGCCUGCUACCCCCCACCCAGAAAGCGUCCUAAGAAGCCGUCCGCUUCGAUGCGGACUCUAUAGUUUUAGAAUCCUCUGUAGAACAGGACGUUCUAUUUGGGGAACUAGACAUACUCGUUGGGGGAUGCGAUUGAACGCCAUGAGGCCAAAUGUGAUAUCUUUUCAUUACGGCAUGGGACACCCACCAGUCUCCUGGCUAUCGUGAUACCAAGGCAUAAAUGGUCAUCUAAUUGACGCAAGAGCGAUUAGGGGAAGACAAACUCGUAAUACACAUACGCCGUGUAUUCACUGCCUUCGGCACCUCCAACCCCUGCCGCUGCCAACUCCGAGGUUAGAGUGGCAUCGUCUUUGGUCAUCCUGCCACGCUUAUCCCUGCCGAACGC